AUGCAGACGUGGGUGCUGUGGGGCAAGGAGCUGGGUUUUGGUGGGGGCACAGCAGCUUCUCCACCGCCUCCAGAUCGGGCACCCACACAUAGGUACGUGCCUACGCCUGCGUCAGUGCCUGUGCCGUGCCCGCUGGUUGAAGACUUGAGGAGGUCGAGUGGAGCCCAGGUUGCCCCCCUGGGGUUUUACAGCCCGGUGCCCGCCGCACCCUCGGGGCCGCUCUCCUGUAAUUGCUGGAGCCUGACCCCAGCCUGCUCCUGCGAUCGCAUCUCCGUCUGCAGGACCGGAGGUGCUCAGCCGGGACCGGGGGAGCAGGACGGGUGCCAGGGAGGGGAGGACAGUGGUGUGGCCAAACCUGGGGUCCCUGGUUGCCAGCAGCCCCGGCGGGCGCUGCCGCAUCCCACGCCGAGCAGAGCGCUGCGUUGCCAGGACAACAGCAACUCCUACACGCUGCUAUUUAUUCUGAAGGACACUUGCUCCUCGCUGCUCCCGAGCCUCACAAGACUGCACGCCACGCAGAAUCCUCCCAGGUCAGGUUGCCCGCUCGGAAGCCAUGCUUGGAUUUUAAUAGCCAUGUUCCACCUAGCCAUGGACUUCGCCAGCUGCCAGCCCGCCGCCAGCGGCACCGGCGGGAGGCUGUCGCCGCGCCCGGCGCUCCGACACAGACUGUCCCGCGCCUCGCUGUGGGGCACGGGGAGCGGGGAGGACCUGCGGCGCCCCGGGCACCCCUGGAACUGCACCCCGGUGCCCCCCACCACACAGAGACCCCGCCCCCGUCGGCCCGCCGCCCCGCUGCCCGCCGGCCGCCCCCUGCGCCGCCCCCGCUCCCGGAGGGGCCGACGGCACCUGCGCGGCCGCGGCUUUGCCCCCUGGGACGGGCGCCCCACGGCGCUGCCCGAGGUCAUCGUCUGGGGCCCCACAGGCGAGGAGGACUCCCUGGAGAGCAGCACUCUGCCCGGCGCCUUUGCCACCACCGUCGCCACCACCACCGCCGCAACUACCACUACCACCACCGCUGCCGCUGCCCCCGCCCCUGCCACGCCGCCCCGCGUGCCCCCCAGCACCCUGGCUCCGGUGCCCGGUGCGGACGUGCCCCGCAGCAGCCCCGGCCGCACCAGCACCGCCGAGCCGGCCGCCGGCCACAGCAGCGGUGGCAAGGACGCUCGCCCGCCCCGCGGGCUGGGAGACAGCACAGGUCUGGCAGUUCAUCAGAUCAUCACUAUUACAGUGUCCCUCAUCAUGGUCAUAGCUGCUCUGAUAACAACUCUUGUCUUAAAAAACUGCUGUGCCCAGAGCGGGCGCCCGCGGCGCAACAGCCACCAGCGCAAACUGGACCAGCAGGAGGAGAGCUGCCAGAACCUGACUGACUUCGCGCCCGCCCGCGUACCCAGCACCCUCGACAUCUUCACAGCCUACAAUGAGAGCCUGCAGUGCUCCCACGAGUGCGUGCGGACCCCUGUGCCCCUCUACGCCGAGGAGGCCUUGCGCUCGCCUGGGGACUACAAAACAACCUUCAACGGAAACAGACCCUCCUCUUCUGACCGGCAUCUUAUUCCCGUGGCCUUUGUGUCUGAGAAAUGGUUUGAAAUCUCCUGCUGA